AUGCAAUACCUCCUACUUUGUGCUGCCAUCCUCCUACCUGAGACUCUUGCUUUUCCAGUACAACUUAAGCCAGAAUCAUGGAGCAACAGAGAUUUUGAGAAUUUAAAGGCAUAUCUUGAUAAAUUCUUUCCAAUUCUUACAAAAACACAAAGCCCAAGCUUAGAAGAGAGGAUUAAAGAAAUGCAGAUGUUUUUCCACCUGACUGUAACUGGAAAAUUAAAUGCAGAGACAGAAGAAAUAAUGAAACAGCCCAGAUGUGGACUCCCUGAUGUAGCAGAUUACAAAACAUUUCCUGGAAGUCCAAGAUGGAAAAAGACACAUAUAACUUACAAGAUUGACAAUUAUACACCUGAUCUACCCCAAAAGAGAGUGGAUGAUGCAAUUAGAAGGGCUUUUUUGGUAUGGAGUGAUGUGACUCCACUGAAGUUCCAAAGAGUAUUCAGGAGAGACGCAGACAUUGUGAUUAGAUUUGCACGUCGUGAGCAUGGUGAUGGAUAUCCUUUUGAUGGAAGAGGUAACACACUAGCUCAUGCGUUUGCACCUGGAGAAGGACUUGGUGGAGAUGCUCAUUUUGAUGAUGAUGAAAGGUGGUCAGAGUCCAAUCAAGAAGUUAAUUUGUUCCUUGUUGCUGCUCAUGAAUUUGGCCAUUCUUUGGGACUUGCUCAUUCAAAUGUCCGCGAAGCUCUGAUGUACCCUAUCUACUCAUAUGUGAACCCAGCAACCUUCAGACUUUCAGAAGACGAUAAGCGAGGAAUUCAGAAGUUAUACGGGAGAAAGUCGUCAAACUCUUGAAGAAAGUGCUUCAAAA